AUGGCACCUCCCGAGCUAGAGGAGCUCAUGAAACAAUUGAAGGAGCUCCUAGAUGCUGAUCACAUUCGCCCAUCAAAGGCACCUUUUGGUGCACCAUUAUUGUUCCAGAAGAAGAAGAAUGGAUCAUUGCGUUUGUGCAUAGACUACCGAGCACUUAAUAAGGAUAAGCAUCCCAUAGCAUUUGAGAGCCACAAGUUAAAUGAGACGGAGCGACGUUACACGACACAGAAGAAGCUCACACCAAAGCAGGCUAGGUGGAAGGAUUUCUUGGCCGAGUUUGAUUAUGCGGUGGAGUAUAAGCCGGGCAAAGUUAACGUUGUAGCUGAUGCCUUGAGCCGGAAAGCCGAGCUUGCUGCAAUCACUUCAGCGAUAUGGGAUAUUUGGGAGGCUAUAAAAGAAGGCAUGCAACAUGAUCUAGCAGCCAAACAACUUAUCGAGUUAGCCAACCAGGGCAAGAUGAGACAUUUUUGGGUAGAAGACGACAUAUUGCUUACCACGGGUCGGCGGGUCUACGUGCCUAUUUUUGGAGACAUUAGACGGUAG